UAGUUUCCUAUACACCCUUGUUACAUUUUCUUUGUUGUUCCCAUUUAUCUAAUGCGAGGGCCAUAAAUUAAAAUGAAUGGUGCGUAAAAUUCAACUCCCUUUCUACAAUGAAUAAAUAAAACUGAAUAUGUGCAGUUGCUGAGAACUAAUAAUAUUGGUAGAAACAAUAGAUGUAGGCUUUGAACAAAAAAUAAAUAAAAAAAAAUAGAUGCUGGCGUACAUUUAUCAAAUUACAUUUUAAUCGAGGCAUGUGUUGCGCACUUGCAAGGGUAGAUGCUUGUACGGAUAAAACAUAUAUAAAUGGGUACAAGAAAACAGUUCCCUUAAACAAAGCGUAUAUUAAUGACUCGUUUACUAAUCUACAAUUAAAAUGGAAAAAGUAUAAUUGAAGAGAAAUUGAAUUGAUAAGGAGUUGAAUUGAGAAGGAAUCAGAAUCAUAUUCUUAUUAAACUGUUUACCAUUUUAAUCAUGAAUCGGAAUAGAAACCAAUUGAUGGAGCAGCUACCCGGCCUAUAAAUCCUGCGGGAUAGGAAGUGCGUAGAAGCAGCAGUAGCAGCAGCUAGCCGGGCCUAUAAAUCACAGCAAAAACCACCACAUUACACACCGCCAAGCUAGCUAAUAUACUGCACACAGAUGGCGUACUGGAGAACAGUAGCGGUGGAUCAGAGUGAUCAAAACGAGAGUGAUAGUAAAUUGAAAAAAAUUGAAGACUCGGAAGGUGCCUAUAAAUGUGCCAUGCAGGAUGACUGGGAAGGCGUGAAACAAUACUACCAGAACAAACCAGACGAAUUGCUCAUUCCAAUGACGGUGGACAAGGACACUGCAUUUCACCUUGCGGCUUCUUGCUGCAGCAAAUCACAAGUCAGAAGAGUACUCGAAAUGUUGAUCAGUUUACUCAGUUCGACCAGCUAUGGCCCGAGAUGCGCUCUGAGGAAACCUAAUAACACCGGAAACAAUACUCUUCACGACGUGAGUUUGUCCGGAAGUGUGGAUGCGGCAGAGUACUUGGUGAGCAACUUCAACGAGCCUGUUGAACUUGAAGGCGAGGUCAUCAUCAGUUCUAGUGCUAGUGGUAAUGAAGAUAAAGAGAAUGAUGUGCUGCCGCUGCUGGAGACUCGGAACGAUUUAGGAGAAACUCCGCUCUUCAGGGCGGCUGCUCUCGGUCACACUGACUUGGUCAACUUUUAUUCUCGCAAACUGAAGGAGAAUAAUCCGGACAAUCUUUUCAGGCACUUCUACAGAAAUGACAAACUGUCCAUUCUUCAUGUGGCAGUCAUUGAGCAACGUUUCGGUCUCUUUGGCUCUCUCUGAAAAUGCACACAUUGAUUCUCAAUAAUGCAGAUUAAUAACUCUUGCUUAAUCUUUUAUCUUCCAAAAUGCAGAGACUGCUCUUUGGUUACUGGAGAAUUACAAAUACCUAGCUCACCAAAAGGAAGAUAAAGGAUUGACAUGCCUUCAAUUGCUAGCCCAAAUGCCAACUGCCUUCGAGCCACAAUUUCAGCAAAGCAAAUGGAAGAUGCUCAUUUACUAUUGGCUUCCUGAUGGAGGAGAUGUGGUCACACAAAAUCAGAAGGAGAAUGUAGAGAUCAACUUGGGUAGUAACC